AUGUUAGAUGCUGUUAAAAUUUGGAAACUGCUGAUAUAUUUGCUUAUUUACCGUUCCUUAGUAAAAUGUGAAAUACCUGAUGUAUCACUUCCUGGUAACUCCCGUCUUAUUCAGACUAGCUAUUUAGCUGCUCAAAAACUAAUAUCAAACUCAAGGGUAAAGGAACUCAGUGACUUUUUAAGUUUAUACUGUAAUAAUAGGCAGUACUAUAAUCCUUAUUCUCCACAAGUUAUACUAUCUAAGUGGGAGCUUUUUAGGUCAUGGUACAAGGAGCCUAGCACUUUAUUAGGUAUAAUAUUUGAAAAUUUAUUAUCAGGUGAUAAUAUAACUAAUAAUAAAGUAAUACUACCACUAGCGUCUAAUUAUCUAUAUACCUUAAUUAAAAGAGAAUUAAUCGGUUUUAUAGUACUUAGUCUUGCUGUCUUUUUAUUUAUGGUGAUAUCAUUAAUAUUUCUACUUUGCAGACAUUUCCGUGACAGAGUAAUAUCAUUGGAGGAAUCUUUUGAAGGUCUAAAUAAAGUAAAGUAUGGUUUGAUUUUUACAACUAUUUGCAUAUUUCUAUUGUGUUCUGGUUAUAUAAUAGCGAAUGUAUUAACAAUUAUACGUGUCAUUAAGAUCCAUGAUUCGAUAACCUCAUCAUUUUGUUGGGUAGCAGUAGGUAUAGAUUCACUGACAAAUGGAAAUGUGAAUGUGAAUAUUACAUCUGGGAAAUUUAAUGUAAAACCGUCAUCUGCAAUUACGAAUGCAUCGAUUCCAUUUUUAGGUGCAUUCCCAAUACAAUGUCUAUUAGAACAGAUAACUCAACAAGAACAAAUAAACAAAUUAACUAAUUCAAGUUUAAAAUUCAUUCAGAGUGCAGGAUUUGGAACCACUUUAGCCGAUAGAUUUUUAGAUUUAGCUUCAUUUUUUAAUAAUCGAACAUUAUUUGAACCAGGAGAAACUAACUGGAGUGUACCUGCAGGAUUAAAGAUACCAAUGAAGAUGGUCCAAUUCAGUGAAACAUUGGUUGAAACUAACUCAACUGUUUUUGGAACAAUAAAUCCCCAAAUUAAUGAAUUAAUAGCUGUGUUAAAAAGUGGUCAACAAUCAGCAGAUAUAAAGAUAACACUUCAAUAUUUUGUGGAAAUGAAAAAAUUUACAUUUCAGGCAUUAUAUAUAUUAGAUAUUAUUAGAACUUCAAAUAUAAUAAUAUUCUAUGUUAUUAUAUCUCUUACAGGAAGUAUUAUACUAUCCUCAGUAUUUGCGAUUAUAUUUUCUAUUAUUCAUACUAUAUUACUGUUAUAUGGAAGUACUCGAUACGGUUGUUUUCAAAGUAGCUCUGCUAUUGGUGCAAUUGCCUUCUUCAUUAUAAUAUUAUCUACAUGCCUUGCAUUUAUAAUAUUUCUACUAUCAAUUGGUGGCAUUAUUGGGCAGGACUACUGCUCUUGGAUGGCUAAAGACUUGUUCAAUACUGCUGGAUCAAACUGGAUAAAAACUGUUAAAUCAGAAAUUAGUGAAGUUAUAGAAAGUUGUAUAUUUCCAGUACCUUCUUAUUUAAGUGAAGGAACGAAUCAAAAUUCAACUUCACUUUUGCAUAAUACAAUGCUUAAAGAUCAAUUACAAACAAAUAUGCGCUUUGAUCAUGCAAAUGAAUAUGUGCAAAGUGAAAAUAAUCAGCUUAAAAGCAUCAAUAUAGAUACACAUAAAAGUGUCCCUGCAAAGACAGUGAGCAAUAAAAUUACUAAUAGUAUAAAGUAUAAUUGGGAAAGUAAUGAAACUGAGUUUAUUAAUGAUAUGGUGAAACAAUUAUCUAUGUCUAAUGAACGGCUACCACCUUUACAGGAUACAACAGAACAUAUUUUUAAUGGUAAAUCUUCUAGUCAUAAUAUAUUAUCUAUGGUAACUAAGUCAAUUCAGAGUGGACUUACUGAAGAAGUAACUCGUUUAGUAUCAAUAACUUGGACAAAUAUAAUAAAUAGUCAGGAUUUAGCGGUACAAUGCAUUACUUUUAUUAAUUAUACAGAUUUUAUCAACUAUGCAACUAGUUACUUCCCUAACGUUAAUACAGGACUUCUGAAGAGACAGCAAGUUCCAGUUUUAAUAUUAAUUACUCAAAGUUCUCCUAAUCAGCUGUUAUUAAAUAAAACAACAAUUUUUGGUUUCACAACAUAUUCGGCUCUAUCUGGAAGUAAAAACUAUAAUGUUAAUAGCGCUAUUUCGAGUGCAACUUAUCCGUAUUUAUUACCUGGGAUGGAGGUAUUUCAAUCAAUAAUUAUUCCAUUUAAAUUAGAACCACUACAAAAGGAAAAUCCUAGUAAUUCAAAAGAUCCCCUCAUAAUCACUUCGACCACUGAUUUGUCUAUAAUAAAUGUUGCAGAGUAUCUGGCAACUAAUCCAUACUUCUCAGAAUAUCCACUAGCUUACUUUGAAAAUGCCCUAUGGUGGGCUAAAAAGUUAGCAGAAUUAUAUAAGACUUAUAUUGUUUGCCCAUAUUUUAGUUGGAUAGACUUGGCUAAUUCCAAUUCUAGUACUAGUGUAAAUGACCAUCUCUACCAGACUUAUUCUGGUAAACCGUGCUUAUUUAAAGUGUAUGGGGAAUAUAUGCAUAGUCUUAUUCAAGAUUACUUUGUAAAUCCUUCUAAUCAAGCAACAAGUGAAAUUGAUCAUUAUGGUAACCUAUUAACUGCUCAAUUAGCAGAUAUAUUGGGGAGUGUCACUGCUUUACAGAAUGCUGGACAAAGUGCCUAUGAUUGUGGUCAAAUCAGCAUUGAUUUUACAAAUGGCAUCACUACAAUGUGUGGUCUUGUAAGCGAAUUGAGAACAAUAUUAAUUGAUAUUUUGACUACUGUAACAUUUACAGGUUAUCUUGUGAGUAUCUUCAUUUUAAUAAUUUGGUUAAUUGCUAUUCGAUAUGAAACUCGUAUUGCAGACUCUAUACUUGAGCGUACAUACUCUUCCACUAUAACAGAAGAUAAGAUUACUGAUAAGUUGAGCAUGAAUAAUCAAGAAGUAAAUACAACCUGCAAUAACCCAGUUGAUCAACCCUUAGAACAGACAAAUUUUAAUCCUAUUGAGGAUGUUUCCAAUUCACUAGAAAAAGUACAAAGGAAAAGCGACAGAAGCAUUUGA